UUUUUGUGUCGUCGGCUUUGAUUCAUAUGUAUGCCAAAUGUGGCCACUUGAGGGAUGUAAGAAUACUGUUUGAUGAAACUCCGCAUAGAAACGUUGUCUUGUGGACGUCCAUGAUUACUGGAUACGUGCAAAACAACAAUGGACGGAUCGAGUAGGGGAGGUUUCCAUUGUCUGGAAUUCCCCCGCGUCGGAUCCCCAGGAGUUUCUUGGAGUUCGAUGAUUGGGGUGUUUGCACAAAAGGGAUUGGCUGCAGAGACUUUGGAAGUUUUACAUGGCAUGAUUGUGGAGAGCGAUGUUACUCCAUGACAUUGUCAACUGUGUUGUCUGUUUGUGCACGUCUUGGGGCUCUGCGAGUUGGGAAGUGUAUGCAGGAUCAGGUUUUUAAGAUGGGUUUGGAGGGGAAUGUUAUAGUCGAUAUCUCUAUCAUUGACAUGUACUGCAAAUGUGGUAGGGUUGAAAUGGCUAACAAAGCAUUUGAUAGCAUGAAAGAGAAGAAUGUGAGAUCAUGGACUGUAAUACUGCAUUGAUUGCAGGAUAUGGAAUGAAUGGCUUUGCCAAAGAAGCUCUGGAAGUUUUCUAUAGUAUGAUAAGGGCUAGGUGAAACCGAACUAUAUAACCUUUGUGUCAGUCCUUGCUGCUUGUAGCCAUGCUGGUCUUUUGGAGGAAGGGUG